UCUUUAUAAAGCUGAGUCAACCCCCCCUCUCCAUCAGAACAGAACGGGGUUUUCUUUCCAAACGCAUAACUGACCUAUCGUUCACUUCAUUCUCAUUUAACCUAAAUACACACAAGGAUCAGUCGGUUUUGUGAAGAAAUCGUCCGGACAUUUACUGUUUCUCGGGGUUUUUAGUUAAAGGAUUUUACAGGCAUCCUGCAACAUCUUUUACAGUAAGAUGCAGCAUCUUGUCAAGACUGAGAUGAACCAUUUGAACUUCUGUCAUGAAGAAGACAGCAGCAACACUGAGAACAGUGACUGCUCAAAGAAGAUCCCAUUGGACGGCCACUACCCUGAUCUAGAUGCAGAGAAUCAAAACUUUUUACCUGAUCACAGCCUGGGCAAAAAGAAGUAUGAGACUGAAUAUCACCAGGGUAAUGCUUCCUUUGGCAUGUCUGUCUUCAACCUGGGAAACGCCAUCAUGGGCAGUGGCAUCCUGGGUCUGUCGUAUGCUAUGGCCAACACUGGCAUCGCCCUAUUUGUGAUUCUCCUCGUGGCUGUUGCCAUCUUCUCUCUGUAUUCUGUCCACUUGCUGCUAAAGACAGCCAAUGAAGGAGGUGCACUGGUGUAUGAGCAGCUAGGCUACAAAGCCUUUGGGAUGCCAGGGAAACUCGCUGCUUCCUGCUCCAUAACCAUGCAGAACAUUGGAGCCAUGUCAAGCUACCUCUACAUCAUCAAAUAUGAGCUGCCCAUUGUCAUUGAAGCAUUUCUAGGAACCAAAAAUGGAGAAUGGUACACUAAUGGAGACUACCUGGUGCUGUUGGUGACAGUUGUGAUAAUCUUGCCCCUCUCUCUGCUCAAGAACUUGGGUUACCUUGGCUACACCAGCGGCCUGUCGCUGCUUUGCAUGGUGUUCUUUCUGAUUGUGGUGAUCGUCAAGAAAUUCCAGAUCCCAUGCCCCCUGCCCGUUGAUGUCAAUGCUCUGAAUGAAACAGUGAGCAAAUUGCUGAACGUUUCAUGGUCCCAACUCAACACCACCACUGUGGACUACAGUGAGGAUGCUUGCAUGCCAAAAUACUUUGUCUUCAACUCGCAGACUGUCUAUGCUGUUCCCAUCUUGACAUUUGCUUUUGUGUGCCACCCGGCCAUCCUGCCCAUAUAUGAGGAGCUCAAGGACCGUUCCCGAAGAAAGAUGCAAGGUGUUGCCAAUGUGUCCUUCCUGGCAAUGUUCAUCAUGUACCUGCUGGCAGCCCUCUUCGGUUACCUCACCUUUAACUCAAACGUGGGCCCUGAGCUGCUGCGCACCUAUGCCCAGUUCAAUCAGUUUGAUGUGAUUCUGCUGAUUGUCCGCCUGGCUGUGCUGGCUGCCGUCACCCUCACCGUGCCUGUGGUGCUGUUCCCUAUUCGUACCUCCAUUACCCACCUUUUGUGCGCCACUAAGGAGUUCAGCUGGAUCCGCCACACCAUCAUUACUGUGGCCCUACUGGUUGCCACCAAUGGCCUAGUCAUCAUGGUACCCACCAUCAGGGACAUCUUUGGCUUCAUUGGCGCUUCUGCUGCUGCCAUGCUCAUCUUCAUCCUGCCAUCAGCCUUCUACAUAAAACUGGUUAAGAAAGAGUCCAUGAAAUCUGUGCAAAAGAUUGGGGCCACCGCCUUCCUCCUAUGUGGCAUCAUAGUCAUGAUCGGCAGCAUGAGCCUCAUCAUCCUGGACUGGAUGCACAAUUUUGAAGCCAGCACAAACAAAAGCACUAAAGGACACUAAGGUUUGACGUUUUCUGCUACAGCCUGCCAGAGAAAAGAAAAAGCUUCUUGCGACCAACAAAGAUCAAACCGUACUGUUAAAAAAGAAAAACACAAGAACUUACUUGAUGCUCAGAUUAGACUUCCUGAGCAACAGACCAUGCCAUUCCAAGAGAAUGUAUCUGAACUUUGUACAGUAUGCUGUUUAUAGGCCACAUAGAUGGUGUUUUACGUUUUUCUUUUUGUUGUAACUUUUUCUGUAAUUUUUUUUUUUGUAAAUUUUUUUCUUAUUUUUGUUAUGGUACAGCUGAAAUCAAAUAUUUGAAGGUGCCUCAGAACUGAUAUCACAUACUCCCAAGAAUUCAAAAUGCAGUUUACACUCAAGUAUGUGAGUGUGGCUGUGACGUCAGAGCUCAGCAACAAUAAAUCCUACUGAGAAAAGUAUGUGAAUCUCCUGAAGACUGACAAGAGGCAAACUUGAAAAUGGACCCUCCUCAAGGGCAAUGAACUUCCUUCUAACAUUUCUUUUAAAUCUUUCCUUUAGUACUUUGCCAAAAAUUAAUUUGGAAAGUAUCUUUGUAUAUUGAAAAGCACUUACUUUUCAGAAAAAAAUUAGAGUUCAGUUUUCAUUAGCCAGGCCUAGUACACAUCUAUAUAGUAUUCAUUUCGAGGCUUUGUGACGUUGUUUAUAAUGUCAACUUUCCUUGUAAUACAAAGUAUAAAA